AUGGAUACGAUGUGUGUCAGAUGUGCCCGUCUGGCUGUGACUGGAACAAGGAGUUUCAAGUCUCCGGCCCAGCGUGGUCUCAGGAGCUUCUCAACAUCCAACGCAGUGCAUGCAGAAGAUCAGCCUAGUAGAAUUGGUGAUGCCGCUGCUGGUCGAUCGAUAAAUCAGACUCUUAAAAAUGACAGCGAGACGAGCUCACGACCACAACGUCCUCUAAUCAGAAAAUACAAUGGAGCUCCCAGAGGUGAUGCUAUCUCCUCGUCAGGACAAACGCCUCUUGUACGCCGAACAACACAGGACGGCAGUACAUCACCACCUGCUCGAGGUUUCCUCCGCCGAACUGCAGGUCCUGAUGCUGGUCAAGGCCCGCAAGCGACUACACCUCCUCGAGGUGGCCAGCUUCUGAGGCGAAGUCCCUCUGCUCAACCUGGGCAGUUGCUGCGUCGCACGGGAGGGACCCCUGGUUCAACAGCAGGACAACGAACAUCACCUGGAGGCCAGCUCCUUCGUCGAUCAGGUGCUCCCAGUGCGCAAAGAACUGGUGGUCCACAGAGGCCAGCAACAGAUCAACGCAGAAGAAAAACUGUCAAAAAGGAAGAUAAGGACGAUGGCACUAAUGCUGCUGCCCUCGAGCAAGCUAUGGACGAAUAUAUCACAAAAUUUGUUGAUCGACCCGAGAACCCUACCGAGCCUAUCCCAUACAACCCCAAGCCCCUCAAGCUUGAUGACUUGAGAGUCGACUGGCCCAACACACCACUCUCCAACUCUGGCCUGACAGAAUCAGUUGUUCAGAAGAUCCAGUGGCUCGCUCGACGCCUACCUCAUGGCUACCAGUCUCCAGAGCAGCUGGCCGAUCGCUACCUGAAAAACGAAUUCAUAUCUUUUGAAUCCGAGGAGGAGAAGAAACAAGUCCUCAAGAUCGCGUCGGAAUUGACCACCCAGGCCAAGCAAGAUCUUGCAGAGGGCAGCAAGACUAAAGCCGAAGUACCUUUCUCUCAUCGUUUCGCAGACGUAAAUUUUGCUUCACUUGGCAGUAAAGAAGGCGACGCGAAUUUUCUGCUUCAAGCUGGUAUCAAAGGUGGUUACGCUGAGGCUUCUAAGCAGCCAUACCCGUUCUUGCAGAGCGCAGCUAGGAUGUUAAAUAAUAACGGGAGCUAUGGACCAGCUUCUUCACAGCGGCUGUUGAGCAGAGUACAGGGUUUGAUUCCUCAGAGAGGAGCUGCCGCUCAACAGGCUCGGAAGGCGUGA